GAUGAAGCUCGCUCUGCUCCUCGCUCUGCUCUCAGUCUCUGGAGGAUCCGGCCUCAGAGUGACGAGUGUCUCAGGUCAGGACGUGACUCUGACCUGUAAGUAUGACAUUAAAAAACGCGGAGCCCUGUCCAUGUGUUGGGGUCGGGGGGACAUCCCGUCCUCCGGCUGCAACAACCAGCUAAUCGCUUCAGACGGACGUCAGGUGACGUUUGGGGGCGGGGCUUCCAGCAGGUACAGGUUUCUGGGUCGCCUGCAGGACGGAGACGUUUCCCUGACCGUCCUCAACGUCUUAGAGACGGACGCAGGACGAUACGGAUGCAGAGUGGAAAUACCAGGGUGGUUAAACGACGCCAAACACCACAUCGAUCUGAGCGUGCAGAGAGCUCCACAGAUGAUCAGAGCAACACCUUUAAACACGACUACAGAGCAGACACAUACACACACAGCAGCAGAUCAGAUGUUCUCCACUCAGAUCCUCCAGACCAGCAGCCUCUCCCCCGAGGUGAGGAACAUCCUGAGGGAUGCUGGUGGGCAGACUGUGUUCCGGAUGUGUCUUGUGUUCGGGGUGCUAGCUGUGCUAACGGCCGUCAUUAUAGUCGCCAGCAGACGGAGGCGACUCAGCAAAGACUCAGAUCCUCAGGUCUACAGCCAGUACAGCCAGGUGUGGUUCAGACGAGGCUCACCUGAGAGGAAUCACACCUGAGAGAGGAA